AUGAACCGCCCACUCGAUAACGCCGCCCCGACCAUCUUUGCUGCGUCGUCAACAGGCCGCAGGAACGACGCGCUCUGGGCCGACGCCUACAGCGAGGACGCCGCCGCGCAACCCGAGCUGGCUUACCUCCACAACAAGCGUGUCGGCAGUGACGAGGAGGGCUCUGAGGACGAGGAGGCUGGCGAGGAGAUUGAUGCGUAUGAGGUGUUUGACCUCCUCCGCUCCGUCACCGACCCCGAGCACCCCGUGUCGCUUGAACAGCUCCGCGUCGUCUCGGCCGAGGACAUCCACGUCGCCGGCAACCGCGUCCUGGUGUACUUGACCCCGACCAUCCCGCACUGCUCCAUGUCGACGCUCAUCGGCCUGUCGCUGCGCGUGCGCCUCCUGCGCGCCCUCCCGCCGCGGUACCGCGUCGACAUCCGCAUCAAGGCCGGCACGCACCAGAGCGAGCACGCGGUCAACAAGCAGCUCAACGACAAGGAGCGCGUCCAGGCUGCCCUGGAGAACAACCACCUGCUCCAGGUGGUCGAGGGAUGCCUGGCGACGGCUGGACGGAGAGGCGCCCCUGGUCCCGAGGACCACAGCGGCCACGGCCACUGA